GUUUGAUGUCAAAAGUGCCAAUCAAGCAACACGAAUACCUUCUUGGUGGGGAUUGAGAGCCUCAUAACUACAAGACAUUCUCUUACGAUGUCUUUAUAUUGUGCCCGUUGCCCAAGAUUCAUCGUAUUGACAGGGGAGCAUGGCAUGUUUACCGGAUAGUCCGUGUACUGUCCGCGGAUAAUCCGUCCCCGUAUCCAUGAGUUUCAUUGGUUGGAUGCUAAGUAAGUGGAGAACAAGUCCUCGGAUCAUCCACGGAACAGUCAUCCCCUUGAUAUCAUACCAGUUGUCUACAUCUCAUAACCAGUGACGCUGGCGGAAUCUCGGAGUUGGUAUUGCAUUGAUUGUGGGGUUUCUAGUGCAUGAUAAUACGACGAUGUACUGUUCAGAACCAGAAUGAAGCGCAAACAGUCAGGGAGCGCAGAUGCGCUGGAGCUAGUUCACUCAGUUGCCAGACGACAGCCUCAGACUUCCUGUCUCAACUGCCGUGCUAAAAAGAUAAAAUGCGAUCGAGGUACGCCAUGUGCGUCGUGUGUUAUCCGGGGUCUUAUUUGUUCGGGGCAACCAGAUGCGAAGCCUCCUGCUGUGCCACUACAUAACGUCGUUGACACAGCCGCCGAUGCCUCGAUACUCUCGCGGUUGGCUACAUUAGAGAGAACUGUUUUUGGAGAUUCUAGGCCUACACCCGGCGCAGUCCAUAGUCACGGGUCAAGCACUGGCACGAAGAAUGAUCUACAGCCCAGUCCUGUUGCUUCAGCACAGCUCACAGAUGUCACUUCACCCUCCCCAUUGUCACAUCAUGAUACCGAGCGUCAUAAGGCAGCAAAAUAUCUUGACUCAACACAUACGAAAUAUGACCAUAAUAUAACGCCUCAGGAACACCAUACACAAUUCCAUGUUGCGCCGGCCUCUUGUCAUCAGGUCAGUUUUUAGCGUUUUCUCCCCUUUAUGAGUAUGGGCAGAUUGAUCAGUAGUUUGUACUCUUGCUUUUUAACAAGUUAUUCUUCGAAGUCACUGUCUAGGA